AUGCACGAUACAGAAGGGGAAACAGCUGUUGUCGCCGGUCCAAGUCAUCCUUCUCAUCUUCCAUCUUCUCAUCAUGAUGAGGACUCACAUUUGAUCGGUGACGCUGAAAAGCAAAGCGAUGACGCCAUCUUCAAGACACCCACCAUUCCGAUCAGAAAACCCUCAACACGUGGUCGAGGUCGGGGUGCGGGACCUGGACGACCGCCAAAUGGACUAUCCCAUGCCUCAUCACCAGCCACUCCCAACUCAUCUCCCUCAACAAAUCUUUCAUCAAAUUCCCUCCCGAAUCGACCCGGACGAAAGCCGGGUCGUGGACGCUCAAUCAAAUUGCCCGUGGUGGUGCCGGUGAAACCAGUGAGAAAGAUUCGACCGCCCGCUCAACCAUUGCCUUAUUCGACUCACGAUAUGUUCUGUCCGCAUUCAAGAAACUUCUUCGAUUGUUUCGAGUUACCACUCACCACCUCUAAGAUUUCACCCGAAGAAGAACCACAUCCGAUUCAGGCCGGCUUCAGCAAUACCAGCCCAAAAGUGGAAAUGGGGAUGUCUGAGAUAAAGAUCGAAGAUUCGAAUGUGCCUGUACUUUUACCGAAUGGAGUCAUUUUGGAACCCGGCGAAAUACCUCCAUUACAUAAUGGCUUGACUAAUGGAGAUUCGCUUUUGGUCAAAGAAGAAUCGCCGGAUUCAAGUCCUUCAGAAGAAAAUGAACCGUGCUGCUCGAAGAGUUCCGACUCGGGAAUCGAUGUUAAAGAAGAAGAGGAUUCAGAAAAACGGGAAGAACAAAAUGAGAAGAAAAGAGAGAAACAACCCGUUGAUUUUUCGCUGAAUGAGGCUGCUCGAAAUGCCUUUGCACAUGAAAUGAUUAUCGACGAAUUCUCUUUGAUGUUAUUUACAUGCAAGGAAGAUGAAAGGUUAUUCGACAGCGAGUUCGAGCGUGUGAAAAAACUCGAGGAAGAGGAGAGGAAAAAAGUUGAGAUCGAGAUUCAACGCCACAUCAAGGAAAUCAAGCAAAAACUUAAAAAGAAAAAGCAACUGAUCGAUAAGAGCCGCUUGGUGGAAGAGCGAACGGAGCGGAGAGAGGCGUUGAUGAAAAGAUCGCAUGAAAUGAAGAACUACAAAGCUGAUCUCCGAUUGCGCAUUCAAACCGCAAAAAUGACCCUUGGAACAGUGAACAAAGAACUGAAACAAGAGUGGCAGAAAUUCCUCGUCGAUGAAAAGACCCUCAAAAUUGAGAAGAAGCGAUUUCGUCACCAACAAGAAAAAAGACGAACUGAAAAGAGGCGGAGGUGUGGGAAAAAGCCGAAAAAAUCAAAGAAAAAAAAGGAACGGGAAAAAAGAGAACGCAAAGAGAGAAAACUUCGAGAGAAAGCGGCUCUACAAACUGCCGUGCUGUCGGGAGGACUGGCGUCAGCAGUGGCAGGUGGGGUGGCGGGAGUGGGGGUUCUGUCUGGUGCCCUUGGUGGAUCGCCUGUUGGUCUACCCAAGGGUUCUCCCCUUGGCAGUCAACCCUCACCCGCUUCCAACUCGCCUACAUCGAAUCUCCAUGCAAAACGCGCUCCCUCAGCGCCGCUUUCCGCUUCUCCGCUCGCCAAAACCCCACGUCUCGAUGAUCCGCUACGAAGCGGUAUGGUGGGAUUGAUGAAUGGAGGGGUGCUGGCAAAGACUCCACCAUCAGCAACGAAUUUCGGACGACCAACUCCACCGGGAUCAGCUUCGACACCGUUGAGCAUGGCUCCGCGAACACCACUCGGCUUGUCCGACCAAAAGCCACUCCAACCAGGACUCGAAGCUUCGGCUUUCGGGACGGAUUCAAGCCGACUUGUACCUGGCUCGAGCGCUCCCGGUCUCUUUGUUCACACCUCAGCUCCAGGACCUUCCCUGCUUUCUGGUGGAUUACUCACCACUGCUGGUGCUAAUGCUGCAAUACCCGAGCAACUUCGAGCUAUGCUUUUGCAAAGUGGAGCCUUUCCACCACAACAAACACCCGGCACUUCACUUAUGCAGCAAAGUUUUCCACUCCUUGCGGCUCAAAUGCUUCAUCAGCAACACUUCCAAGGAGCCGCUGGAGUGCCACAAGGAAUGGCUGCCAAUCACGGACUCCUUCACGGACAGCUGCCAUUCCCUCAAAAUGCUGCCCUUGCUAGUCAAUUGGCUGGAGCCGCCGUUUUCGGAAAGUUGCCUAGUCUUCAACAGCCGAUUCUAAAGAAACCCGGUCGAUGGUGUGGAAUGCAUGUGAAAAUCGCUUAUGAUAUCAACGCCUACAAGAAGCAACAACAAUCUUCUCAUCAACAACAAACAAAUCAGACGCCAGCCGCCCAAUCGAGCCAGCCUCAACAACAAGCCCAUCACCUUUCCCAACAAUCACAUCAAACUCUCCAUCAACAAGCUGCUUUCCAGCAGAUUUCUUCGGUGAAUGCUGUGUCAGCUGCUAUGCAACAAGCCGCUGCUCAGGCUCAAGCUCAAGCGCAAGCAAUCGCUGCACAGGCGAAAUCCCAUGCUCAGGCUCAGGAGCGUUCCCUUGCUGCCUCAUUGGGUUCAUCAGGCGCUCAAAAUGCUCUCAAUGCUCAACACGCGCAACUACUUCAACAAGCCGCUCUUCGACCGCCUCAUUGUCUUGCAUCAACUUCAGGCACAGCGCCCACUUUGCCACAAGGACUUCAAACACCAUUUGGACAAGCUGCCAUGUUUGGUCCCGCGUCGGCUCAAAUGAUGGCUCUUCGUGCAGCAGCCACGACACCGAAACCCCCACAACCGCAAACUGUUUUGACACAAAAUCGACCAGCCUCAACGGUUUCUUCACGAGCGCCUCCACCACCCUUGACACUUCCUCCUGGUUUCCAUUCUCAGCUCACUCUUGCUCCCCCGGGAUUCGGAGGAGCCUCUUUAACAAAUGGAACCUCUGAUCAAGCUGCUUUACUACAUGCCGCUUUGGGUGCAGGCUCGGCUGGUUUACCUCCUGGAAUUCUUGCCCAAUCUCCUUACCUCCUUCAACAACAUCAAGCAGCUCAGGCGCAGGCUCAGCAAGCUCAUGCCCAAGCCCAGGCACAGGCUCAGGCACAAGCUCAAGCUCAAGCCCAGGCUCAAGCGGCUGUUGCUCAAGCCCAGGCGCAAGCACAUGCACAGGCUCAACAGCAGCAACAGCAAGCGGCUCAGGCGAGACUUAUUUCAGAGCAAAACAAUUUAUUGCAAAUGCAAUUGCUGAGUGGUAUCGAUGCAUCGAGAGCAAGUCAACUAUCUUCUCUCCAGAGUCACGCGGCAACAGUUUCAUCAACCACAGCGGCACCUGUCAUUCAUUCUCUUGUGUCUACACCAUCUUCGAUGAAUAUCCCUCAUUCAACCGCUUCAGCAUUGUUCACAUCACAGGCCUCGCAAGAUGAUCUGUAUCGAGCACUUGAGCAUCAACAACAAGAUCGGGACCAGCAAUUGUUGCGGUUAUUUGCUUCUCAACAGUCGGCUAUCAUGCAAGCUCAGCAACAACAACAGCAGCAACAACAGCAACAACAGCAACAGCAGCAACAGCAGCAACAGCAGCAACAACAACAUCAACAGCAACAACAACAGCAACAUCAACAACAUCAACAACAUCAACAACAUCAACAACAUCAACAACAUCAACAACAUCAACAACAUCAACAACAACAAGCCCAACAGGCUCAGGCGAGACAGGCAAUGCAAAUGGGCUCAAUUCCUCAAGAUAUUGCCAAUCUAUUGGCACAAGCCCAGCGGGGAGCCCUGUCCUUCCCUGGGCUCGGGCAACAAUUCGUCCCCCAAGCACAACCACAUCAAGCUGCUUCUCAACAAUCCUCGAUCGCCGGUCUUCCUGGUCUCCAAUCCCAUCCAGGACAACUCGGCAGUGCCUCAAUGUUGCCAGCGUCUUUGAUGAGCAGUUUGGGGAUGUUCCCGAAGCUGCCCUUCCCGGCUGGGUCGCUUUCUCAGGCGGUGAGCAAGCCGAACGGCGUCUCAGAGGCUUCAUCCACCUCGGCGGUGACUAUGUCGAACCCGAACGGACAUCGG